GGAAGCGGAGACUGGGGCAGAAGGGGGGGGGGAGAAGUAACCGCCGGCCCCAAAGAGCACACAGAUGCUCUGUGCGGGGUCGGCUAGUCCUCCAUAAUUUGCAACUUUGAUGAGACAAAUGAGGUGGAGGGAGAGCUCAAGACUCAAAUGAGGCUCCUCUCAGAGAAGCUGUAGUGAUUGCUCUCUCCUUAACAGGUACAGAAGACUCAUGGGUUCACUAAAGGAUAGCAUGAGGAAAUAAUGGAAUUCCAGGAGAAGAUCUGGAUCCUUUAGCAGAAACAGUGCUUUCUCCUAGCCCACCUUACCCUCCAAAAAGCAGAUGUGCCCUUGACUGCAACCAGCCUCUGACCGACCAUGUUCAACCCAAUGAACCCACCAGUCAGCAGCUAUGUGGAUCACUGUUACCUUCGGCCUCUCCAUGGACAGGGCCAACCCAACCCCAUGGUGGAAGGAAUCAGUGACUUGCCAUAUUAUCACCAGGCCAACGUGAUGGGCAAUCACCAUACCUAUGGGAUGGCAGCUGGAGCAGAACAACCUUCUCACAUUGAUGGCGCACGCUUUUCUACACCCCGAAACACAGCCAAGCUGACAAAGAAGCGGGCACUGUCCAUCUCCCCACUCUCAGAUGCCAGCAUUGACCUCCAGACUGUUAUCCGCACUUCUCCCAAUUCCUUAGUGGCCUACAUAAAUUCUCGCUGUGCCUCUGCCAAUGGCUCCUAUGGGCACCUCUCCAUUGGUACAGUCAGCCCUUCCCUUGGGUUCCAGAGCUCCAUGGACCACCAGAAAUCUCAGGGAAUGUCAUUUGGCCACAACCCAGCUAUGGUUCCCUGUGGGUCCCACGAGCACAUGCCCAGUCGGCCAGGCAUGAUGCACCAUAUGCCACCACCCCGUGGGAUGCUGAAGCACUGCCAGCUGAAGUCAGAGCCCAGCCUGGGCAGCCCUCUGGAUGCCCUGAGCACCAAGUGCCUGGAGGAGUGCUCGGAGGGUGACAUUUCCAGCCCAGCCUCUACGGGGACGCAGGAUCCCUUGCUAGGCAUGCUAGAUCCCCGGGAUGAACUGGAGAAAGAAGAUGGGAAGGUGGAGGCUGAGGCUGUGUAUGAGACCAAUUGCCACUGGGAAGGGUGCUCCAAAGAGUUUGACACCCAGGAGCAGCUGGUGCACCACAUUAACAAUGAACACAUCCAUGGGGAAAAGAAGGAGUUUGUUUGCCACUGGCACGACUGCUCACGGGAGCAACGGCCCUUCAAGGCGCAGUACAUGCUGGUUGUCCACAUGAGACGCCACACAGGAGAGAAGCCCCACAAGUGCACCUUUGAAGGCUGCAAUAAGGCCUACUCACGACUGGAGAACCUCAAGACCCACUUGCGCUCCCACACGGGUGAGAAGCCCUAUGUUUGUGAGCACGAGGGCUGCAAUAAGGCCUUCUCCAAUGCCUCAGACCGGGCCAAGCACCAAAACCGGACACAUUCCAAUGAGAAACCCUACGUCUGCAAGAUCCCUGGCUGCACCAAGCGCUACACAGACCCCAGUUCAUUGCGCAAGCACGUCAAGACCGUGCACGGACCAGAUGCCCAUGUCACCAAGAAACACCGUGGGGACACCGUGCCCAGCAACCGGACACUGGCUCUCCACAGUGACAUGAAGCAAGAGAGAGAUAGUGAGGGCAGGAAAGAAGAGGCCAAGCUCAUGGUGCCCGAGUCUAACUUGAAACCUCAGCCCAGCCCCGGGGGCCAGUCGUCCUGCAGCAGUGAGCGCUCUCCCUUGGGCAGCGCAAACAACAACGACAGCGGCGUGGAGAUGAACGCAAAUGCAGGGGGCAGCUUGGAGGACUUGUCGGCCCUGGAGGAGCCUUCGGAGCCCAUGGGCACCUCUGGACUGUCAGCCCUGCGCAAACUGGAGAACCUGCGCAUCGACAAGCUCAAGCAACUGCGCAAGCCCCUCUCAGGGAAGGGCCUCAAACUGCCUUCUAUCCCUGGAGCAGGUUCUGCAAGAGAGAUGCCUGGCCUGUGUGGGCCACCCUCCACUCUCUCUCACCGGCGCAUCAUGGAGCUGUCAUCCAGUGACCUGCCAUCCCUACCCCUGCCAGGGGAACGGCGCGCUAGUACCACCAGCACGGUCAGUUCGGCCUACACUGUGAGCCGUCGCUCCUCCAUGGUGUCACCGUAUCUGCCAGCAGGGGGAGCUCCUAAUGGACUAGGCCCACCUGACAUGUAUGAUCCCAUCUCCCCUGAUGCCUCCAGGCGUUCCAGUGAGGCCAGCCACUAUGGAGGUCUUCCAGGACUGGGCAACCUGACACCAGCUCAGCAAUACCUUCUCAAGGCCAAGUACGCUGCUGCAACAGGCGGUCCGCCGCCAACCCCUCUACCCAAUAUGGAGAGGGCUGGUCAGCCCAGCUUUAUGGGGGAUUGCGCCGGCUCAGGCCUGCCUCCUUUCAUGCGCAGGCACAGUGCCAAUGAGUACCACAGCUACAGCACUGGCAUCCUCCACCCCCACCUAGCGCUGAGCCACAGUGCCCGCCGAGCCAGUGAUCCCUCCCAGACAGCGGGUGAGGCUCACCCCACUCCGAGAGUGCAGCGGUUCAAAAGUCUCAGCAACAUGAGCCCAGCAGGCAUGGGCAGAGCCAGUGGGCAGCUGGCUGGGGGUUCGGAUGCAAACCUGCAGCGCCACCUCUUCUCGCCGCGGCCGCCCAGCAUCAGCGAGAACGUCUUUUUGGAGACUGCAGCCAUGGAGAGUACUGUCCCAGCUGGAGAACAGGAACUUCUGGAGAUGGAGCCUUACCCUGGCUACCAGGAGCAGAACUACCCCUGCCAAACCGUGAACAUGGAGCUACAGAGCAAUGCGGCCCAUAGGGACACCCCCAGGGCAAUGGGCGACUUGCAGAUGAGUCCAGCAAGCCACGGGCAGCUAGAAGGUGGCUUUGAGCAGCCAGAGUACAUCCAGCCCCCAUGCCCAAUGAACCCAGCUUUCCACACAGCAAGGCAGUGGGAUGGUGACAGCGCAGGGGUGGAUCCCACACCACCCACUGGUAUGGGCCCAUGCCAUGCUGCCCAGUACCCGGUCCCCGAGGCCAAGCACAUGGGCGUGGAGCCUGGCAGUGAAGGCCAACAGGGGCCGUUCCCGUUUGGGCACCCACAGAUUAAAGCCGAGCAGCAGUUCCAGGUAGCUGCUCCAGCCCUGGCCUCCUGCCAGGGCAUGAAGCAGCUGCCUUACGGCCAGGCCCAACCUGUCUGUGGGGGCAGUGGCUACCCGCCGGAGGGCCAGCAGGGCCCCUGCUUUGGCAUGGGGCAGCCCCCUGGCAGGAGGUCCCAGACCCCAAUGCUGCAGGUCAAGGAGAUGAUGGUGCGGAGUUACGUGCAGUCACAGCAAGCACUGAUGUGGGGGGAGCAGCCGGGCAGCGACGUCCUGAUGGGCGUGGAGGGCCUGGAGAGUGGGCAGUGUCAGCAGCAGCACCAGCCUUAUCCUGGUCCCAAGUACCCCAACUAUCCUGCUAGGCCACCACAAGCCAUGGAGAACAAAGCACUUUCAAAUCCCAGCAGCCAGAGUUACAGCCCAGGGAUGCUCCCCCAUCCCCCUGGGGGACCCAAGCCGCUCAUUCGACAAAGCAGCCUGAGCUAUCAAGCUAGCCCCUUCUAUGAACCCUCCAACGACGGCAGCUCCCGCCGGAUGAUGCGCUUACCCCCGCUCCAUGGGCCUGAGGAAGCAUGCUUUCCUAGCCAGAUGCACAUGCAGCUUGGCAAAGCUGCUGGGCACAAGCUGAUGGGUGCCCACCAAAGGCAUCAUCAGCCACCCAGUUGUGUGGCUGAGGACCCAGGCAGGCCCUACACCCCUGGGCUGGAUGUCCUCAAAUCAGACUCUUUCUCCUACCUGCCAGAGGAGCAGGUGUCCAACAGCUUGGACACCUUGGACUUAGAGAACACCCACUUGGACUUCACAGCCAUCCUGGAUGAUGCAGAGGUCCUCAGCCCCACUUCCCCACCUGGUGGCCCAGCCAACAUGGCUGUGGGGGAUAUGAGCUCCAUGCUGAAUUCACUGGCAGGAGAGAACCAGUUCCUUAACACCCUCUCAUAGUAGGGCUAGCCCUCUUAGCGGUGAUGAUGAUAAUUGCUUCUAACCAGAACCCGACUGGGACAAGAAGAGACAAGGGUACUUCCUGCUGGGCUGGACUCAAGAACUUAAGGUGGGCGAGGGGCCUCUGCAGAGAGGCAGCCCUGCUAGAAACUUCCAGGGCUGCUCUUGGUACCAGACUGCAUCUGCCUUGCAUCCUCAAGCUGGGUUUGUUGAAGAUUGCUGAUGGUACGGGAUGAAGGAUGGGCAUCCCUGGGAAGGGAAGUGGAUUCAUUUCGCUUUCCCAGCUGGUACAGGAAACUCAGGAGCUCCUCACUUCUUCAGUUAUCUCUCUCUCCUGCCCACUCCCCACAAUGAAGCUGGUAUUCUUCACCUCAAAGUGCCUCUUCCCCAGAGUCUUCAGUACAUUAGGAAGGCCACCCCAUGGUUUGGGGAUAUCUGGGAGCCUCCUGUGCUCUCUUGCAGAGAGCUUGUUGACAUGGUAACCUACCCUAGGGCCUUUAUAUCAUAGACAUAUUUUUCCCUUGAAGGUACAAACAGGUAUAUAUUAUUCCCUGCAAUAAAACAUUUUUCAGGCAAAAUGCAAACUUAACCUGGAUUUUGCAGAAAUUAUCUGCAGGCUGGAACAGGCAGGAAUCUGGUCUCUGGUUCAUGGAUCCUUCUUGCAAAAUCCAUGGAGGAAGAGAGAGUGCUCCAUUGGAGGAAAUAUAGUAUAUGGCAUUGGCCCUGGCUCUGCUGACCCACAGAGGCUCUGGAGGCCUUUUUUGUGGGGGGAGCAGGAUUUGUUAGUAGCAAGUCCUUGUGUGUACAUAGCAGGUACACUUCAGGCCCAUUCAGGCCUUUGACUACCCAGACAUCCCUUCUCUACAUCAGGUAGGCACAGUUCUAACCAUCUCAAUGGCACUUUAAGGGAAGAUGUGCCUGCCAACUGCACAGCUGUAUUUUUUUUGUUGACACUAGCAAGUUUUUCCUGAAUACCACAUAUAAAGAUACAUAUAUAUGAAUAUAUAGAGCUGUCUAACUUUGAGUUAGUCCAUCUAGCCCAGUGCUAUUCUAACUGGCAACGCUCUUUGUGGUCUCAGGCAGGGGUCUUUCCUCUAGCUGGGGAGGGCAUUGAAUUUAGGGAGCUUGGGCAUGCAGAACAAGUGAUACUACUGAGCUCUUACUCCAGACAGCCAGUCAUUUAUGAAUGGCAGGUGUCAAAAUGGUUCAGGGACUGGCUUGUUCACAUCCAGUCACAUAUCAAGCCCUUGUGCUUGAGCAUAAGCGUAUUAGUAGCAGGAGAAGGGUUGGGAAGGGUAAAAUGAGCACGAAGGAGGGCUUUGGAGAACUCAGGCUAGAUAUAGAUAUAUAUACGAGUUUUUUCAGAGGCUCAGAGGUGGCAUGGGGGAAGCCUCAUGGUCUGUGGUGUGUACGCCCACCCCCACCCCCAACCUGUCCUGCUCCCCAUCUUCUCUGCUAAACAGAUUUCAAAAACCUCAAAAUGACAGUGGGACAAAAUAAAAUGUAACUUUACGCCAAGGGUCGUGAUGCUUCUGUCGUGCCCCUUCCAGCUUUUGUAAAUGUAUUGUCUGCAAGAGCAGCCCUGCUGGAUUAGCCCACAGGUCCAUCUAGCCCAGCAUCCUACUUCCCACAGUGACCAGCUAGAUGACUCCAUGAAGAUCAUAAGCAGGGCCUGACAGCGCUCUCCUUCUUGUUUUCCCCAGCAACUAGUAUUCAGAAGCAAACUACCUCUGAACCUGGCUAGACCGCUCCUCCUCCAUGAAUGUGCCUAAUCAUCUUCUAAAGCCAUCUAAGCUAGCGAGCAGCCACCAUCACACCAACGUGUCUCCAGCCUUACAUUUCUAGGCCAUUCCCUAGUUUGAGCUAGCGACAGCCACUACACUCUCAGGAGCACCCUGUCCCCCUCCCUUGUCUCUUUCAGGUACAACUUCUGCUGCCUUGCACCCAGGCAUCACAGCCAGCGAGAAGAGAAUGAGACUCCUAGCACAAACUCAUGUUAAACCUGAGAAACCAAAGAAGAUCCCUUUCACCCUUUUUACUUUUCAUUGCGUCUCUUUCUUUUUAUAUUUUAACCUAAAAGCCAAACCAAUGCCUGUCCUCACUAAGUGCUUUUCAUCCAUGGGAGGGGGAAAGUAAGUAUUAAAGCAAAGCGGGGGGAAA